AUGGAUUUUAAUCCUUUUCGGGACAAUUCAAAGUUUGUUGAUCUACUUGAUAGUCAGCAAAAUGUAGUGUUUGGUAAUGUACCAGAUUGUGUAGACAUACCUUCAUCGCAAGACACGCCUGCAAAAGGGAAAGAACAAAGGGUUUGGACGCCAACUGGUGACCUUGUGCUCAUAAGCUCGUGGUUGAACACGAGCAAAGACCCCUUAGUAGGGAAUGAGCAAAAGUCAGCUGCUUUCUGGACUAUGAUUGCAGCGUACUUCUCGGCUAGUCCAAAGCUGGCUGGCUGUGAGAAAAGCAGUCUGCAACGAGGGAGAAAACUAGUGGACAAAAUGAGAAUGAUGUUCUCAAACAAGCCCACGAGAUCUUCUUCAACAACCAAAACAAGAAGUUCACCCUUGAACAUGCUUGGAAGGAGCUUCGAAAUGAUCAGAAGUGGUGUGAUGUUGCGACGUCUAAAAAGGAGAAAGUGCGAGGACGGUUCACAUACGGGAAGCUCUCAAGCUAUUGGAACCGAAACUGGUGAAGAGGAUCAAGUCACCAAACGUCCCAUGGGUGUGAAGGCAGAAAAAGCCCGUGGUAAGAGGACGAUGGUAGAGGAGAAGGACUUGGAUGAGUUUCAUAGCAUGUGA